AUGAAUUCAUAAUUGAAUACAGAUAAAGAUAGUGUCUACCAUUUUUUAAAAAAGUUGAAUGGAGAUGUUUAAUAAACAAUAAAUGAAAUGCGUAGCGAUUUUGACAAAAACCCUAGCUCUUAAAACAUUAAAGAUAGAUUUCUUAAAUGGAAGACCAAAUAUUCUGAAAUAGUAAACAAUUCUCUAAAAGAACAUAUAUUCACAAAUGAAACAGAUAUAGCUAACUUUGACUUCAAAGACUUUUUGAAUAAAAUCACUGAAGAUUAUUAAAAUGAAAAUGAAUUUUUAGAUUUGCUUAAAAAUUUAAAUCAGGAAAUUGAAAGCCUCAAAGAAUUUAUAAAAUCCCAUCUAGUUAAAGAUCCAUCUAUAUACUUUGUUAAGGAAAUUUGA